GUGGAGUUAAACUUGUGGUAGAACGGGGGACGCCAGAUCUUAUCCACUCCACGCAGCGGCCAGAUACCUGAUCGUGCUUGGAUGGAGGGGCGAAACCCGAUCGCCUGAUGUGCUGCCUGAAACCCAGAGGAGUGACUUAUCAGGACGCGUUCAAAAUGUCUUCUUCCUCAAGCGAGGUCAUUAGUGCCGAUGAGAUCAAGAGGGAGAGUCGUGGGAGUGUCAAGCUGUCAGUGCUGGACCCCGCGGAGUUGCCGAUGGAGAAUGCCGAACUUUUGGACUGCUCGCCGGCCUCCCUGGCCUUUUCCCCCGAGCAGGUCGCGUGCGUCUGCGAGGCGCUGAUGCAGGGUGGGAACGUGGACCGCCUGGCCAGGUUCCUGUGGUCACUACCGCAGAGUGACCUCCUGCGGGGGAACGAGAGCAUCCUGAAGGCGCAAGCGAUAGUCGCCUUCCACCAUGCCCGCUACCAAGAGCUCUACUGCAUCUUGGAGAACCACUCUUUCAGCCCGUCGAACCACUCGUCUCUGCAGGAUAUGUGGUACAAGGCGCGCUACACCGAGGCGGAGAAGGCGCGAGGCAGACCGCUGGGUGCCGUGGACAAGUAUCGCUUACGCAGGAAAUAUCCGCUGCCUCGGACUAUCUGGGACGGAGAAGAGACCGUGUAUUGUUUCAAAGAGAGGUCUCGGAACGCGCUGAAGGAUAUGUACAAGCGGAACCGGUACCCAUCUCCAGCCGAGAAGCGAAAUCUGGCAAAAAUGACAGGACUUUCCUUGACGCAGGUCAGCAACUGGUUCAAAAACAGGAGGCAGAGAGACAGAAAUCCAUCAGAAGCGCAAUCGAAGAGUGAGUCGGAUGGCAAUCACAGUACAGAAGAUGAGUCCAGUAAAGGCCAAGAGGACUUGUCACCACGUCCCCUCUCAAGCGGCUCUUCCAGCUCAGUCCCACACGGAACAGCCCCCCCUACAGUUUACUCAGACGGAGGAACAACAGUCAUCCAACAAAUAGGAGAUGUCAAAAUGCCCUCACACUCAGGUGGAGGAAUGAGUUAUAAUGGUGACCUUGCGAGCGUCAAUGCUCACUACAUCAACAGUGGAGCUUAUGGUCACUCACACAGCAGCAAUGCUCUCCUGAACGGACUUGGCGCCACAGGUGGCCAUUUCUUGACCUUUGAUCCUCAGAGGGUCUCCCAUCACAGUCAGGAAAGGCUGUUAGGUGGGUCUUCCGUGUCUUAUGCUCCAUUCUCAAUGGGAGUUUCUGAAACAGCCUCUGGAAAGAUAGAUACCAUGCAGACUUUAGUUUCCAAUGGUGAGGAUGGAGUCAUUUCUUCAGUGGUGUCCUUUGCUUCGGCCCCCUCCACACCAUCCACUACCUCAGGGGGCCUUCAUCUCAGCAGUUACAGCGUGGUCAAUCUCCCUGGAAAUGAAUCUACAAUGGGUCUUCCUCCUCUAAUGCUGCCUCCAUCAUCAACAUCAUCCACUCACGGAUGUGCUCCUUUGGGCAACGUAGUCAGUGACUCUUCCCAGCACUCAAGCCAAACUCUGCUCUACUCCCAGACUGUAAAGCAGGAGCCCCUGGAUGUGCCUGGAAGCUAUGCUUAUCCUUCUGAUAUGCCCCUGGACCAAGGUAGCAACCUGGGCUAUACAGCCUCCCUUUUCCUCUCGUCGUCCUCCAGUAGUGGUUCUCUUCCCUCUACCAUCACAGCUACAGUCACCUCAACCCUCUCCAACUCCGAUGUCCACCAUGCUCUGAAUCAAGCAGGACGUGGCCUCCAAGAGGAUGGUGUAGCUCUGUCUUCAGACUACAGGUCUCAAGACAUCCAUCUGCCCAACAGCCUGCAGGUUGUUUCUAGGGAAGGAGAAGGUCCAGUCAGGGUUGUUUGUGGGGAUUUGGAUAUGGAGGGGAAAGAGCUGGCCAAGCUGCAGACUGUACAGAUGGACGAUGAUGGAAGCGACCUCUGAUGAUGUCAAUAAUGCAUUUCACUCGUGCUGGACUGGUUUUGUCACGCCGCAUUGUGCCCUUAUGGACGCUUUAAGCACAAAUCAUUCUCAUAUGAACCCUAGCGAUGGAUGUAAAAAUGCGAACAGUGCCUUCCUGUCCUGAUAUAUCCCAACUUGCACUAAGAGGGCUGCAGAACUUACCAGGCAAUGCACUGACUUUUGGAAGAUUAUUUAGCUGCAGUCUUUAUACUGUCACCUCAAAAACAAAAUACUAAAUACCUGUUAAAAAGCACAACUGUGCUCUGAAUCAAAUAAUGCAGCUUUAUAGUGAUUGUUUUCUUUUAACAGGAUUUUAUUGAUGCACAGAUGCAUUUUUGUUGUUGUUGUUGUUGUUUAUGGUCUUUUUGUAUUUAAUUUUUUUGUGUGUGAAGAUGCAAAUGUGAUAAAGCUUAUUUUGUUAUGCUUGACUUGAGGAAUUUUAUGUUACAGAAUUUUUUUAAUUCAAACUGACAAGUCUCUUUCUACAUAUCCAAGCGUGGACUUGUGUGGAAGCUAGAUAACAAGCCAUUUAUUUGAA